AUGACUUCCACAAGACUUCAAUAUGUCCGUGUUAUCAAGACCCCAGGCGGCAACCUUCGAUACCUUCACAUCAAGAAGAAGGCCUCUGCUCCCAAAUGUGGUGACUGUGGAAUCAAACUCCCAGCCGGCAUCUUUUACAACAAUAUUUUGCAAGGAUCCCAACUGACCUUCUGCUUUGAUAUAUUAUUAAAGAUUCCUGCUCUUCGCCCACGUGAAUACUCCCAGAUCUCCCGCCCAAAGAAGAACGUCACCCGUGCCUACGGCGGCUCCCGCUGUGGAAACUGUGUCAAGGACCGCAUUGUCCGCGCUUUCUUGAUUGAGGAGCAGAAGAUCGUCAAGAAAGUCCUCAAGGAAUCACAGGAGAAGGCCGCAACCUCGUCCAAGAAGCGAUAG